AUGCAUCAAAAAUACAUUUUAAUAUCUCUCUUAGCAGCCUCUGCUAGCGCAAUUUGGCCCUUUGAUGAUGAUGAAACCAGCAGUAGCGACAGUAACUCUGCGUCUGCUACCUCCUCCGGUUCAUCAUCUACCACUACUGAUUCCGGAGGAAUCGGAAGUUUCUUUGGGUUCGGUGAUGAUUCAAGCAGCAGCAGCAGCGGCAGCGGUAGCUCUGCAUCUGCUACUUCAUCCGGUUCUGGUUCUGGUUCCAGUAGCUCAACAACGGAGUCAGAAUCAUCAUCGUCCAGUACCGAUUCCGGAGGAAUCGGAAGCUACUUUGGUUUGGGCGGGUCGUCGCUGAGAAAUCCGUAUGAACCAUAUGAAACUCAAUGUCCUGACAGUCAAUUGAUUAGACUUGGAAACAAUAUUUCCGAUCAGGAAGCAGAAUACAUAUCGAAUAGACAAGUUAAUACGAACAAGAAUUUAAUUGACUUCUUGCUGAACACCGCUAAUCUAACAGACUUCGAUGCGGAACUGUUCGUAAACAAUGCUCCCAAGAACAUUACAAUUGGGUUGGCCUUCAGUGGUGGUGGGUACAGAGCGAUGUUGAACGGUGCCGGGCAAUUGCUUGGUUUAGAUGGCAGAUACGAUGAGGCAAAUUCUAGUGGUCUUGGGGGUAUUUUGCAAAGUUCCACUUACUUAGUUGGACUUUCAGGUGGUAACUGGCUCGUGGGGUCGAUCGUAUUAAAUGAUUUCAUUUCAGUCGCUGAUAUAGUAGAUGGUUCAGCAGGGAUUUGGGACUUACUGGACUCGAUUUUCAAUCCUGGCGGAAUCAAUGUCCUUGAUACCACGGAAUACUAUAAAGAUGUCUACGAUUCGGUCAGUGCCAAGGAUGAUGCUGGAUUUGACGUCUCUAUCACCGAUGUUUGGGGAAGAGCUUUAAGCAGCCAGUUUUUCAAAGACGGUAAUGGUGGAAUUAAUAUCACUUGGUCUUCAAUUAGGAACUUGUCCUCUUUCCAAAGUUACGAAAUGCCGUUCCCCAUUGUCGUUUCCAAUGGUAGAACCCCAGGAUCCACCGUCAUUAACGAAAAUUCUACGGUCUUCGAAACCAGUCCUUUUGAAUUGGGAUCUUGGGACCCAUCUUUAAGGUCUUUCACUAACACUGAAUUUAUGGGAUCUUUUGUAGAUAAUGGAACGAACUCUUCCCAAAAAUGUUACGCCAAUUUCGAUAACGCAGGUUAUGUCAUGGGUACAUCUUCUUCAUUGUUUAAUGCAGUCAUCUAUAACUUACCAAGUUCUGACUCGCUUCUUUCAAGUGCCAUCAAUUCGGCUUUGACCUCAGUUUUGAAUUUAGUCAGUUCUAAAGAAAUAGAUAUUGCUACUUACUACCCGAACCCGUUUUCGGAAACUGAUUAUGGUGAUGUGAAGAGCAUUUCUCAAAAUGAUACGUUGUAUCUUUGCGAUGGUGGAGAAGAUGGACAGAAUGUUCCAUUCUAUCCUUUAAUACAGACUCCUCGUGGAGUGGAUUUGAUUAUUGCUUUUGACAAUUCAGCAGAUACAGAUCUGAACUGGCCAAAUGGGACCUCAAUUAUUGACACUUAUCAACGUCAAUACACUGAUCAAGGUAAAGGUUCACCAUUUCCCUAUGUGCCUGCUGUGGACGAAAUGAUUAAAUUAACAGACAAACCUGUCUUUUUCGGUUGUGAUGCCGCAAAUAUGUCAGAUAUAAUAGACUAUCAUGGAGAUAAAAAUCUCAACGUCACGGAUAUUCCAUUGAUUAUUCAAAUUUUUAAUAAAAGAGAAUCGUAUGAUACAAAUACUUCAACUUAUAAGAUGUCUUAUGACUCAGAUGAAGUGCUUGGUAUCAUACAGAAUGGAUUUGAAGUCAGUACCUUGAAGAAUUUGACUGAUGACAGCGAUUGGGCCAAAUGUGUUGGAUGUGCAGCCAUCAGAAGAACACAGGAAAGAUUGGGCGAAACACAAUCCGACGAAUGCAAAUCAUGCUUUGAAAGCUAUUGUUGGACUGGAGGAUCUGAGAAGGCGGCAUCUUCGCAAGCCCCUCUUCUGUCAUCUUCUACCUCUGCUUCUGGAUCUGCCACUGCCGGUGCAACUUCUUCCUCUACGAAGAAGAAGGGUGAUGGUAAUAGAAACUCAUUAUCUUCUCGUAUCCUCACAACAGCUACAUCUAUUCUUCUUAUGUUUAUAUUCUAA